GUUAAUUGGGUACAAAGAUGAGCGUUUUGUGUCGGUCGCGACGUCGAUGCAGACGAUAACGAGGUAGUUUAUAUGCGUGUGCGACGUGCGCGCGCGUCAGUACGCUCCCGACAUGCCGGCCUGCGCGCCCGAGUUUUGUCGCCUCGCGCGAUCCAACACAGAGCUAGUGUUCUCGCCGCGGAAAAGAUGCUCGCAUCAGCCGCCGCCCUUCACCGCCUUGCGGCGCUCCUUCUCUUCCACAUUCUCCUUGAUACCUGAGGAGAGAGCCAUCUGCCCGGAGAGGCCACCGCCGCUGCCCAGGAUCAUACGCCUAAUCACAUGGGGACCGCGUCUCGCUCUGCGUCCUCUGUUCGCCCUACUCAGCAUAAUAUCACAUCCAGCAUGGAAGCAAAUAUUAGUGGUGCUGCCGACGCUGUGGAUAGCAGCGUCACUGUUUAUUUUCUGGAAGUGCGUUCAGUGCCCUCUCAGUGUUUUGAAGAUGUUAGGACGUGCCAUCAGUUCAAAGGGCGCUAAACAGCCGCGAACCGUGCUUAUCAGUGGAGGCAGUUCAGUACAAGCUCUACAUUUAGCAAGAAAUUUCCACUCAGCCGGCGCGAGAGUUGUCGCGUUCGAGAUAGAGGGCCAGUUUGCAUUAUUAAAAUACUCGGCUGCCGUGAACAGGUUCUACACGGUCCCGAGACCAAACCCGGCAGAUCCGCUCGCCUAUGCCCGGGCUUUGAAGGAAAUUGUUGAACGUGAAUCGGCGGUCUUCUACGUGCCGGUAAGCUCAACGACUCCAGCGUAUUAUGAUGCACUGGCAAAGCCACAUCUGGAAGUCAUGGGCUGCCAGUGCUUCGUUCCUUGUGCACGUGAUGUCGUCACAUUAGACGACCCGUUGGAAAUGAUGCGAGUAAGCCGUGCUGCCGGUCUCGCCACACCACAGUUCUGGGUGGUUGCGAGCGACGAAGAUGUGCGAGCAUGGUACGAUAGCGGGGCGUCGAAGGAAGGGAGACAUUUCAUUGCGAGUGCUGGAGCACGGGGUGCGAGGGACAGACUACGAUUUGUCAUGCCAGAAGAGAAAACUCAGUUCAGAUUUCCACGAGAAAUCAGUGCUGAGAAACCAUGGGUGAUAGUACGAGAGCCGAAGGGAGAACGAAUUGUUACUUGCACGACACUGAAGGAGUCACGAGCAGUGAACAACGUAACAUGCAGAGUGGACUCUACAAGAAAGGGCCUGGUGCCGCAAAAAGACGACGAAGCAGACGCCUGGGUACAACGAUUUGUAUCAUUCUUAGCGCCGGCACGGCCGAUGACUGGUCACGUGUCGUUCAGGCUUGUUCGCGAAGAGAACACUACAAAUGGGUACACAAAUAAACUAAUAGCAAUCGGUGCCAGAGUGGGUGUGUCGUUGCCUUACCUCUGCCAGGCGCAGACGCACUGCGGCCACGCGGCAACAGUAGGGAAACUGUUGGACACUGUGUUGGACACGCGCGAAGCAUUAUUCGCUUUUUGGGAUCCUUUGCCGUAUUGCGCAUAUUACCAGUCGAGGACGCCGGAGGAGCGCCGACCGCCUCCACCGGAGCCUUGCAAAACUCCACCAAACGUGCCUCUUUGAAGACACGGCGUUUUGUGUAGGAGUUAAAGACACUCAAGUACCUGAGGAGUGCGUGAGUGAGUUCUCUUGGCGAGUGCGCCGCUAUCACGCUCUCUUAUUGUCCUCUCGUCUCGCUUGGGUCCGCAAGCGAGGGCCGAGGAACGAUGCCAAAUGUUUGUAACUACUAAGUAGAUAUUUUAUGUACGUGCCAAAUAUUACUGUGGAUGUUAUUUUAUAUUAAAAUAAAAUAAGAAAUAUAUUUUAAUUUUAUUACAA